AUGGCACCACCACCACCAUCACAACAAUCACAACCACCGAAACCCUCAUCCUUCCAAUCCACCCCCAAAAUGCGCAUCUCCCCCAAUCCCACCCAAACCCCCAAACCAACCUCCAAGCGCACCCCCCUCCUCACAACCUUCCGCACAUACUACACCACCCUCCGCACUUCCUACACGACCCUCCCUCUCCCCUUCCGCCGCACGCUCCGCACGCUCCGCAUCCUCGCCCCGCUCGUCCCAAUCGGCCUCUUCUUCUCCGAACACGUCAGCCAAAUUAUGUGGGUGCGGGGCCCCUCAAUGACACCCUAUCUCAACGAAGACUACCACGCGACGCACUCGACCAGCGAUAUGGUUCUCGUGAACAUGUGGCCGUUCGGGGGCGGGGGGUGGCCGUGGCAGCGCACGAGGAGGUUGGAGAGGGGGAUGGUCGUUACGUUUCGAUCACCCGCGAACCCCUCCCACAUAGCCGUAAAGCGCAUAAUCGGCCUCCCGGGCGACCGAAUCACGACGCGCGCGCCGUGUGUCAAGCCCUCGCAGAUUGUGCCCUUCAACCAUGUGUGGCUUGAGGGUGAUGCCGCGGAUCCGCGGCAUACGCUGGAUAGUAAUUCUUACGGGCCGGUCAGUAUUAGUUUGAUUACGGGGCGGGUGGCUGCUGUUGUGUGGCCUAAGUCGAGGUGGUUGAGGUGGGAGGAUUGGGAGCGAGAAAGCCUGGGGGAGGGGAAGGGAGGGUAUAGGCGGGGGACGAGGGAGAGGGUGCUGAAGGAGGCGGUGCAGUUGGAGGCGCCGCGGUUGCAUUGA